AUGUCCGACUACGACGAAGAGCAGACGCAAGCAUUCCGCCAGCAGGUCACGCCGAAGAUCGAGCAAUGGCUAGAAGGCCUACCGGGUAUGCGCAUUGAACGAUGGAUGGACGGUCUUCCUGAUGAGCCCAUGGCGCCUCCCCAUGAGGGUCGGUCAGAGCGACAAGCAGGCGGACAGCCAGGCGAAGAGGGAUGGACGGCUACUAUGGUGAUGCUGAGGGCGUACCCAGCUGCAACGCUCGGGAGGCUCCUGCUGAAGGUGGCGGCGAUGGUAUUGAGGCGUUAG